AUGAAGCUGCAUUUUGAGGAAGAGGACUUGUCUGAGAGACAGGAAUUCAGCGCCCUCACCAGCAACUUAGAAGGGACGGCCCUGAACUGUGUCAUGGCCAAGAAACAGUAUCAACAGAGAGAAGUGACCAGAGAUGACCCCGAGUGGACGGCAGCAGUGGCAUCGCUAACAGUCAGGGAGAAAGUAAAGAUCAUGCCAUCCAGACGACAACACGAAGAGAACGAGAGGGAUUGUAGGACAAUAGUUCAGCAACUAGUAUCCUCAAUACCCCAAGAGAUUUUAACCAGUACUUCUUACGGACAGAAAGAACAGGAGAGCGGCAAUCAAAAGAAAACUGUCACCUUUGUGGAUCGGGAGGAAGAGGGUGAACUUGUAGAACAAAAUCUGCUGCAGGACUGUUUGUCCGGGGAGAAGGAUAAAGAGAAAGAUCAAAGAUCACAAGAUCAACACCCGGGACAAGAAAAUUUGUCCGGGGAGUCCGAGAUAGACGAGAAAAUUCCUGAUGAGGAACAGGACCUAGAGAACAAGGUUUUGUCCGGGGAGUUCAGAUGGAUGCGAAGAAAGUACAGACACGAUCUGGAGGAGCGUGCAGUAUCCAGCAUAACACCUUCGACGGAUGAUAAUUCAGAAAGCUCAGGAAAGAACACCUAUUCAGACAGGGAUUCGACCUCGGGAUCAGAACUGUCAGAACUGGCGAUACACACGCUACUAGUGGAAACUCGGGCGAGAGACCUAGACAGAGAGGUGUACCAGGAUCCGGACAGCGAUCGCUACUUGAUACCGAGCGAAAGAGUCUUUGACAACGCAGCGGAUGACUUGGAGACAAUAGCGGUAUCGAAACAGUGGCUGAAUGACAUGACCUCGGAUCCAGAGAAGACCAGCGUCAAGAUUCAAGAUGUAGAUCGUGAAAGCAUGAAAUACAUCAAGACUGAACGAGACGAUCCUUACUGGGCUGCCCAGGAAGGACGUUUAUUCAUUCCAGCUUCAAAUCUUGACUUAACACCCGAUCUGGACGAGAUGAACGAUCAUCUGAAAAGAACGGAGAAGGAGUUGGACGAUAUGACGAAGACCAUGCUGGCGAUGGAGGAAGAUCGAGACAUGUGGAGAAAGUUGUUUGAAGACUGCAACAAAAAGCAGGGUCAAGAGAUCGAACGCUUGAGGCAGGAAUACAAAGAGCGAUCGGAUCAGGCGGCGUUGACCACAGCCGUGGAGAAAGUGAUACCUGCAAGGGAUAUUCCUCGAGUACUGAAGGAAGAGGGAAAGGUGAAUGAUACGGUGAUCACCACUUUUGUGCCUCCUAACCUGGAAACGCGUUUGGGUACAGUCCCAGCCGCAAUAAAUUACCGGCAGCAAAGCUCCAGCGAACCAGGUCGAAGAACAGACGAGCAGUAUCGGUUGGGAGAAGCACCGACGAGGAGGACAAUUCAUCCUAGGAGAAGGAUAGGACCCGUCAACCAACCAAAUGAAGGAGUAGCAGGCACGUCCAGAUCAGACACUAGAUCGGAGACAACGAGUAGCAGUCGAGAGGAGAGACCGAACAGAGGCUCAUUGUUAUGGUCGAGACCCAUGCCGUCUCCCUGGCACAUAUACAAAGAAGAACUGAUGAAGCUGGACCUGCAGAAACCUGGAAGAUUUGAUGAGGAGUGGGAGGCACUAGGCUUAGCUCCAAUGAGGAUGAGAGGCAGGACUGAAUUGCCUGAAGCCUCAGUGAUCCUGACCAGUGUGAGAAAAGAGAUGAAGGUUCCGGGAGUAUUGCAGACGAGAAUCUUCCUAGCACCCUUUGGCUGCGAAGAAAUCAAAGUGGUCCAUGGAGAAGAGGAAGAUAAGUCGGCCGGUACAUUGCUCAUACCGAGAUUCCAGGAAGAAGCCGACAAAGGUGAACAAGGACCAUCGGGCUCGAAUAGAGACAAGUCAGAAGAAGAUGACGGACAGGGGAGAAGCCGCCAGACUGAAGAACCCAUGCAACAAGAUCAAGCUGGUGGGGAAGACGACAGAGCAUCGAUAGGAGGAACCUCCAGCCUGGAUUUCAACAUCUUCAGUGAUCUUGAAAACAAUGCGGAUACGUUGGAAACGACUGAGCUGGACGAAGGCACCUCGACACUGGAGCCUCCAGCUAUGGGACCCAGUCCAUUCUCAAAACAGGUCUCAAUCAACCCUUAA